CUGUGGCUGAAAAAAAAUAACAAUCUGUUUGGUUUUAUUGAGUGGUUUUGCGUUUCCCUUUUAAAUUAUAUUCCCAUAUUAGAAGUUCAUAAAAACACUUAUAAGUGUACAAAUAAUUUCUAGUACAUUAUAUUAUUAGCCACGUUCUAUUAAGACCCCUUUUUAAUAGGAUGGGCUUUAAAAUAUGUGGAAAAACAACUGUGACGUCACGUACUCUAUCAGCUGAAUACUAGGUCUUUUUACGUUAAAUUGUAGUGAUAAAAUAACAAAAUGGGUGGUGCAGUGAGCUCAGGACGUGAUAACAAUGAGUUGGUGGACAAUCUGAAGGAAGGGAGUUACAUCCGAACCCCAGAAGUGGAACGCGUGUUCAGAGCUCUUGAUCGAGGAGAUUAUAUGCUUCCUGGUGAUAGAGAGCGAGCUUAUAAGGAUAUUGCCUGGCGAAGUGGACUUUUACAUUUGUCUUCGCCUUGUAUAUACAGUGAAGUUAUGGAGGGACUGGAGUUAAACCCCGGGCUGUCAUUCUUGAAUAUUGGUUCUGGCACUGGGUACCUGAGCACCAUGGUGGGCCUGGUGCUGGGCUCUGGUGGCAUUAGCCAUGGGGUUGAAUUACAUGCCAAGGUUGUGGAAUAUGCAAUCAUGAUGCAGAGGAAAUUCAUUGAAAGAUCAUAUGCUAUAGAUGAUUUUGACUUUUGUGAACCCAAAUUUUUUCUUGGCAAUGGGCUCUGUCUGUCACCGCUGACGGCCGCAUACGACCGUGUCUACUGUGGUGCAGCCUGUCCUGAAAAGUACGCCAACUACUUCAAACAGCUUAUAAGGAUCGGGGGCAUCCUGGUGAUGCCGCUGAACGAUACGCUGGUGCAAGUGCGGCGUGUGGGCGCGCGCGAGUGGGUCACGCGCAGUCUGCUCAACGUCUCCUUCGCGCCGCUGCAGCUGCCGAACGAGGACGACGGCACCGAGGCCGCAUCCAACAACGGCACCGACGCCCGACAAACUCUCACGCUUGACGAGCAGACGCCGCCCGCGCUGCAGGUGCUGUCGCGCGGUGCCAUCAGGCGCGCUCUGCUCCGCGGCUUGCUGUGUCGCCACCCCGAGCUGCGCGAGGUCCCGCGAGUGCCCGUGCCCCGCAGCACGCGCACCUCCAGAAACACGCGCCGCUGCCCGCGACGUAUCUGCAUACCUAUAAACGAGAACCGUGCGCGUAACUUUAACAUGUUUCACGACCUGGAACGCGAGGAUGGCGCCAACGAAAUGAACGCCCUGCUCAGUCUCGUGCUCAGCAUGGGCGAGAACAGGGUGGCCGGCGCCCUGCGCUUCGACGCCUCCUCCGAUACCUCGAACUCCGCCGACGACAGCUCCGAGCCGGAGUGCGACCUCGCACCAGAACCCGACCCCGAAGAUUCCGAUGCGCCUCGGAUAAGAUUAGUCAACCAAACAACGGGAGAGUUGGGCAGGUACCUGCAGCCCAUGAACCUGCAGCCCAGGUACCCGCGCCCGCUAACCGUAGAGUUUCACGACGUGGACGAGACCGCCCCCCCGCCCCAGCCCCAGUCCCAGUCUCAGCCCCAGCCGCCCCUCACCGCCGACCGCGACCUGCCCGCCGACGUCGACGUGUACUUGGACAACACCGAGGAGCCGCGAGGCUUGUCCGCCUCCGACAUGGAGUGGGAGGAGUCGCGCACUGCGGCGGGUCGCCGCCAGCCCUCCAGCGACGACGACACCGAGUCCGCGUCCAAGGGCAUCGAGGGGAAGCGCCAGAAGCUGGACAGCGGCAUCGGCGAGGCCAACUCCCCCUCCAGCUCCUCGCAGGAGAAAACCGAGCGCAGCACCACCUCCGACACCGGCGACGCCACCGACGACACCGAGCCUCCGCUCGCCGACGGUCGCCGCCGCCAGAAGCGUCUGCGCACGUUGGCGCCGACAUCCUCCACUGAGGAGGAGUGGUCCGAGUGCGAGGGCGAGCCGCGGCGGCGAGCGGCGCGGCGAGCGGCGGGCGGGGGCGGGGGCGGGGACGGGGGCGGCGCGGCGAGCGAGGCGACCAGGCGGCGUCGCGCGCGACUCGUGCGUCGUGCACUCAGCGACCUGCCGCUGCCACAAAUGCUCAAAGUGUACGUGAACUGGGGCCGCAGUCUGCCUCAGUAGACAACAUACAACAUACAAUAUACAACCAACAGGAAAUAUAUAAGAUAAUGCGACAUAAACACGGAUACUACAUGCUAAUUGUAACAUCUUCUACCAAACAUUCAAAUACGUCACUUUAUUAAUGGCAUGUGUCGUGGA